UUCUCAAGCAAAGUCCCCAACUUUUCCUGUAUUUACCAUAAGCACUCCUCUAUCCGCUGCAACUUCUCGUUUUUCUUCUUCUAGAACGUUGAGAUAAUAGAAUCAUCGGCACUGACGCAUUUUGUUCACCGAUAUGUCCACUGUGACGUCAAUUUCCGGCGUGCAGUUUUGCGUUCCUUCUUCUUUUUCUAAUUCUUCAAGCAGAGUAGCUUUAUUUUCUUCUCAUUCACAGCCGUCCGUGAACUUCUCAGGCAAAUCGCGACUUCUCGACAAUUGUAAUUCGUUGAAAUUGAAGAGGAAGGAUGUGUUCUUCACUAGAAAAACUGAGAAACUGUGCAAGGGUUCCAGGUUUAGCGUACGUUCUGAUGCUUCAAAUGGAAGGAUCAUUCAGCAAGAUUUUACGGAAAUGGCAUGGCAAGCAAUUGUUGCAUCGCCAGAAAUAGCAAAAGAGAACAAGCAUCAAAUAGUAGAGACUGAACACUUGAUGAAGGCACUGUUGGAACAGAAGAAUGGGCUGGCUCGUCGUAUAUUCUCCAAGGCCGGUGUAGAUAAUACCCGCCUUUUAGAGGCUACCGAUAAGUUUAUUCAACGACAACCCAAGGUUAUUGGUGAGUCAGCUGGUUCUAUGUUAGGCCGAGAGUUGGAAGGUUUGAUGCAAAGAGCCAGGGAGUACAAGAAAGAGUAUGGUGAUUCCUUUGUGUCAGUUGAGCAUUUGGUGCUUGGCUUCAUUCAAGAUAAACGAUUUGGGAAGCAACUGUUUAAUGAUUUCCAGAUUUCCCUGAAGACACUGAAAGCUGCCAUUGAAUCCAUAAGGGGACGCCAAAAUGUUAUUGAUCAAGAUCCUGAAGGGAAGUAUGAAUCACUAGAAAAAUAUGGAAAAGAUCUGACCGCUAUGGCUAGAGCGGGGAAGCUUGACCCAGUUAUAGGCAGAGAUGAUGAGAUCCGUAGAUGCAUACAAAUCCUCUCCAGGAGAACAAAGAAUAAUCCAGUGUUAAUUGGUGAGCCUGGAGUUGGGAAAACUGCAAUCUCUGAAGGGCUUGCACAGAGAAUUGUGCAAGGAGAUGUACCUCAGGCUUUGAUGAAUCGACGGUUGAUAUCUCUUGAUAUGGGUGCACUCAUAGCUGGUGCAAAAUAUCGUGGUGAAUUUGAAGACAGAUUGAAGGCUGUGCUUAAGGAAGUGACAGAAUCUGAAGGACAGAUCGUCCUUUUUAUUGAUGAGAUACAUACUGUUGUUGGUGCAGGUGCCACUAAUGGUGCAAUGGAUGCUGGGAAUCUCUUGAAGCCGAUGCUUGGUCGAGGAGAAUUACGAUGUAUUGGUGCAACCACCUUGGAUGAAUACCGUAAAUAUAUCGAGAAAGAUCCUGCCCUGGAGCGUCGUUUCCAGCAAGUUUAUGUUGACCAGCCUACAGUUGAAGAUACUGUCUCUAUACUUCGUGGAUUACGUGAAAGGUAUGAGCUGCAUCAUGGGGUCCGCAUUUCCGACACUGCACUUGUUGACGCAGCUAUUCUUUCGGACCGUUAUAUUAGUGGACGUUUUCUACCUGACAAAGCUAUUGACCUAGUUGAUGAAGCUGCUGCAAAACUGAAAAUGGAGAUCACCUCAAAACCUACAGCCCUUGAUGAGAUCAAUCGUGCAGUUUUGAAAUUGGAGAUGGAGAGGCUAUCUCUAACUAAUGAUACAGAUAGAGCAUCAAAAGACCGGUUAAACCGCCUUGAGGCUGAAUUGUCUCUUUUGAAGGAGAGGCAAGCUGAGCUGACUGAGCAGUGGGAGCAUGAAAAAACUGUCAUGACUCGCUUACAGUCCGUUAAAGAAGAGAUUGACAGGGUAAAUCUUGAGAUCCAGCAAGCAGAGCGGGAAUAUGAUCUUAAUCGUGCUGCUGAACUGAAGUACGGGAGUCUAAACACCUUGCAGCGUCAACUUGAAGCUGCAGAAAAAGAACUGGAUGAUUAUAUGAAGUCUGGAAAAUCGAUGCUCAGAGAAGAAGUGACUGGGAAUGAUAUUGCAGAGAUUGUCAGUAAGUGGACUGGGAUUCCUGUAUCUAAGUUACAACAGUCGGAGAGGGAAAAGCUGUUGCAUUUGGAGGAAGAGCUACACAAACGUGUUGUUGGUCAAGAUCCAGCAGUGAGAGCAGUAGCAGAGGCAAUCCAGCGCUCACGUGCUGGACUUUCAGAUCCUCAUCGUCCUAUUGCGAGCUUUAUGUUCAUGGGUCCCACCGGAGUUGGAAAGACGGAGCUAGCUAAGGCGCUUGCUAACUAUUUGUUCAAUACUGAAGAAGCACUUGUGCGCAUUGAUAUGAGCGAAUACAUGGAGAAGCAUGCAGUUUCAAGGUUGAUAGGAGCUCCCCCUGGUUAUGUCGGGUAUGAAGAAGGAGGGCAGUUGACCGAGAUUGUUCGCAGGAGACCGUAUGCGGUUAUUUUGUUUGAUGAAAUUGAGAAGGCCCAUUCGGAUGUAUUUAACGUGUUCCUUCAAAUCUUAGAUGAUGGUAGGGUGACCGACUCACAAGGACGCACAGUGAGUUUCACCAAUACUGUCAUCAUCAUGACAUCAAAUGUUGGUUCACAAUAUAUCCUAAAUACGGAUGAUGAUGAUGAUUCUUCAAAGGAAGCGACUUAUCAAACAAUAAAGCAAAGGGUUAUGGAUGCUGCACGUGCAAUUUUCCGCCCUGAGUUCAUGAAUCGGGUUGAUGAAUAUAUAGUAUUCCAGCCUCUUGAUCGUGACCAAAUCAAUAGCAUUGUCCGAUUACAGCUUGAGAGAGUGCAGCAAAGAUUAGCUGAUCGCAAAAUGAAGAUUCAAGUGAGCGAAUCUGCUAUUCAACUGCUUGGAAAUCUUGGUUAUGAUCCCAACUAUGGAGCACGGCCAGUGAAGCGGGUGAUCCAGCAGAAUGUUGAGAACGAAUUGGCCAAAGGAAUCUUAAGAGGAGAUUUCAAGGAUGAGGAUACUGUUUUAGUAGACACGGAGGUCGGCACAUUCACCAAUGGACAACUUCCUCAGCAGAAGCUAGUGUUUAGAAGACAAGAAUCUGGUUCAGAUUCUCCAGCAGAGAACGAAGAAGCUUUGUCUCAGAAAUGUGCUUGAACGGAGAGCAAAGACCAGUGGUCAUGACAUAAUUUGAUGUAGAUUUGUGAAUUUGAAUGCUUUGCCAAGUGAUUCCGCCAACUCAACUAGAUCCUGUCCUCCUCUGGUUAAUCGCUGUCCAGGGCGUGAUUAGCUUAA